UAGUUUAUUCCCUUACAAAUGGAUCCCAUUCUAAAAUCGUCUGAUAUCAUCUGUCAAAUUUUCUUUCAUUCUUGGAUGUUGUGACGUAUUUUAUUUUAGACCAUUUAAAUUUUUUAAUGUUAAAAAAUUCAUUUCCCCAAUAAUGGUGAAUGUAGAAAAAAUUCGAAAAGCUUAUCCACUCCACUGGCUCGUUUGGAAUAACGAUUAUGUUCAACUUGAUAAGGAGUUGUCCACAAAUUUGCACGAUAUAGAGAAACAUGACUGUAGAGGUAGAACGCCACUCAUGUUGGCCGUAACUCUCGGUCAUCAGGACUCGACAAUGGUUUUACUGCAGCAUGAGGCGAAUGUUAAUACCGAAAAUACACAAGGAUGGAGUGUUGUACAAGAAGCCGUGGGAACAGGAAAUCCUCAAUUACUUCAAAGUAUUCUUGCAAGACGAGACUACCAAAGAUAUUGCAAUCGUGUCGCUGGAAUUCCGGAACUGCUACAUAAACUCAAACAGGCUCCAGACUUUUACGUAGAAAUGAAAUGGGAAUUCACAAGUUGGGUACCUCUUGCCUCUCGAAUGUGUCCAAGUGACACUUACAAGGUUUACAAGCAAGGAAGUAAUGUGAGAAUCGACACGACCCUUUUGGGCUUUGAUCACGCGAAUUGGCAACGGGGAAAUCGUAGUUACAUUUUCAAAGGUCAAACAACACCAAAUCCACCUCUGACGACGAUUAGGUGCGAUCGCAGUUAUGUCUUCAGCAUGAAAGGCGAUCACGCAGACGAUGGAGCAACAAUGAUGGAGGUGGAUCAUGAGACGAGAAAAGUUUACGUCGAACACAUGAAUCUUAUUGGGGAUGAAAAUAUUCAACUAAUGGAACCUUCCGAGGAGGGAAUUUUAGCUAGACUCACAAAUCCUAUUGUUACUACUUAUAUUGACACGGAUAAAAUUAGUUUUGAAAGAAAUAAGGCAGGAAUCUGGGGCUGGCGAUCCGACAAAAGUGAAUCGGUGAAUGGCCACGAGUGUAAAGUCUUUAGUGCUAGUAAUGUAGAAUUAAUAACGAAAACUAGAAUUGAACAUUUGUCAGAAGCGGAUAAGGCGAGGGCGAGAGCACCGCGAACGCCAAUUCAAUCGUUUUUGGGAAUUGCCGAGCAACAGCAGCAAGAAAACUACGGGGCGGCUGCAAGUGAAGAAUUCACUAACGUUGGAAAUCCCUCCAAUAUCACGGCCGAGGAAUAUUUCGAUCCAAAUGUGAAUUUAAAUGGAAGAGAUAUUGGCCGGCCGAAGGAAGUAAAUACAAAGAUACAAAAAUUCAAAGCUACUUUAUGGCUUUGCGAAGAUUAUCCUCUUAGUCUUCAAGAACAAAUAAUGCCAAUUGUGGAUCUUAUGGCAAUAUCCAGUUCUCAUUUCGCCAAACUAAAAGACUUUAUCCAAAUGCAAUUACCUGCUGGAUUCCCCGUGAAAAUUGAAAUUCCGCUCUUCCAUAUUUUAAACGCGAGAAUUACCUUUGGAAAUAUUUUUGGUAUGGAUCAAGAGAUUUCAAAUGUUAGUCGGCUGCAGGAAAUGAAUAGAAUGACUUGUAUCGUUGACGAUAUUUGCUUUCAAGCCCCACCAGGUUACGUCAAAUUGGGUGCAGAGGUUCGAACACAGUUUAGCGUCGAGGAAGAGGACGAUUUACUUCAAUUUGCUAUUCAACAAAGUCUGAUAGAAGCUGGAAGUGAAAGAGACGAGGUAGGAGGAGGAUAUUCGAAUUUAAAGAGAAAGGUGGAUAUUUGGGAAGCGUUGAAUGUUCAAAAGCCAUCGCGACCCGCAACUCCGAGUAUUUCUGCCGAAGAGGAAAAACAACUUCAAAGAGCAAUACAAGCGAGUUUAGAACUUUAUCGUGAGACAUCGGAUUACGUGACCGACGAGGCGAGUCGGGAUUUACCAUCGGGACAAGAAUCCAGAGAGGCCGCAUUUGAAGGAACAGCCGAGCAAUUAGAAAUCGCCCUUAGACUCUCGGAGCAACAGCAAAUUGAAGAGGAACAACGUCGACUUGUCGAGGAGGAAACUUUCCGUCAAGUUCUUGAACUCUCACUCACUGAUAAGUGAACAAAUAUCAAUUUCCUUUUUUAUCAUCGCAAAAUCUAAAUCUUCCCAAAAAAAAAAAAGUGUUCAGGAUCCUUUUUACUCUUUACAAUAAUUGGCGUCGAUCUUUCCCGUCCCCGCCCCUUUUUCCUCUAUGACGAGAAUUGAGGCGAUUUUAUAAAAAAAAAAUAACUUUUUUUUCAAAAACCUUUUUUUUCCAAAAGGGGAAUUUCUAAGUAAAUAAAACAAAAGUCUUUUUAGUGUUGAAACUUAUUAUUAUAUAGGGAAAAUUUGGAGUAACAUGAAAGUGUAAAUAACCCAGGGACGUCCGAAUAAGGAACAAAAUAAAAAGACUUAUUAAACUUAAGAUGAAAAUUAAAAAAAAAUAAUGAAGCAGUUUUUUGACAAAAAACUAUUUGAUAAAAUAGAAGAUAAAAAUAAAAAUCUUAUAUUGUAUUCUUGCCUUAAAAUAAGGUAUGGUCAUAUUUUAUUCGCCUCUUUUCUCUCCAGUGAGCCUCAUAUUUUAUAAAAGUUUAUAUAUAUAUAUAUAUAAAUAUAUAUGCGAUUAGUGUUCCUACUACUAUUAGGCGGUACAUCGAAGGGCGUCCUCGGGUGAAUUUCCUACUGAUGAUGUGCUAUAUUUGUAUAAAACUUUCUUCGAUAAAUACGAAAUAAAACUGACUGCAGAGCGAGA